AUGGCGGCUUAUCCGACCAUACGAGACGAUCCCUUGGCGGAGAAAAAGAGGAAGUUGGAUGUGUGGAGCGAGGAGGAAGAGGUCUCGUCGCCCGAUCCGUCCGUGUGGGUUCACCCUGAUGACUACUUGGCGGCCAGACGCGACGAAGAAUCAGCUCCCCGCCCUGUGAAAAUCCCCACGCUCGAUCGCUUCAAGCCCCCGACUCGGUUUCACAUUGCCGAGCUCUUCUCCGUCCGUGAAUCCGGUGAUCUAUCAUCCGGAAGCCAGGCCGGGCUCUCCGCUGCCAAAUUCCUUCUAGGGGUUUCAUCCUCCCUUGUUGGUGAACCGCUGAGACGCUGCUCCGGCUUUUGGGUCGAUUGGGAUGCAGACAAGAAAACCGGCCUUGUUUUGACAACUGCGCGGCUGAUUCGCACAAAGGACGCUCCUUACAGCGUCUGGACAGGCGGCCAAGAGUAUGCCCCUAAUGCUGAUGUCACUGUUCAUUUGCUAAAUGGCACUAGUGCAAAGGGCGAGCUGGUCUACUAUCAGCCCCAUUACGAUAUCGCUUUCUUGAAUGUUGAGGUUGAUCAACCAAUCAAGUUACCAUCUCUUUGUGAAAAAGAUGUAGAAUUUGCUCAAGAGGUUUUUCAGCUAGGAAGAGACAAUUCCUUAAAUCUAAGGAUAACAUAUGCUAGGGCAGAAUAUCUGAAUCCAACCAUGUUUGAGCGGCACCACAACGUGUACUUUUGUUCUCCAGAUGGCCCUGAUGAUUAUAAUAAUGAGUACGACAAUGGGGGGUUAGUUAUUGACUUGAAUGGAAAAGUUGUUGGAAUGGUCAACGACCCUGAGAGAUUUGGGUCUUUUAUACCUUCUUCCAUUUUGCUCAAUUGUUUGGAUUCAUGGAAGAAAUAUCGGUACAUUGGUCGGCCUCAUCUUGGGAUGAGGUUUGAGGCCAUCAAGCUUCUAGAGCCUUCUCAUGUUGACAUGUUAUGUCGUAUGUAUAACAUUGAUGACGGUCUUGUUGUUAGAGAGGUGUCGAAAGGAUCUAAUGGUGAGAUAUGUGGAAUUCAAAAAGGUGAUCUUAUUGAAUGUAUUAAGGGAAAAUGCAUUUCUACCACAAUUCAGUUGGAAAAUCUGUUGAUGAGCAUAUGCAAAGGCCCUUCAGAUAGUAAAAAUGGCCGUAAUACUGAAGUUCAUAUUUCUGUUGGGUUAUUUCAAACACUCAAAAAAUGCCGAAGGACCGUAGAGUUGACUGCAACUGUAUCAGACCUUGGAGAAGUUAUUGCAAGAGGUUCAAAAACAAUCUCCUAAUUCUCUGCUUCCUGGGUCUGCCUGGAGGCCUUUUUAGAGUUGGUGGGUGUACUUUUCAACCCGAGUGUCU